AUGGAGGAUGGCGAGCUAGUAAUCCGGUUGCCAGGGCGAUCUAACUCCCCCGUAGACAACAGGAGUUUGGAUGGUGGCGUUGGAUUUGGUGAGACGUUGGUGUUGCGGCACAAAGAGGUUCACAACUUCUUCUUCGUUCCCUUCAGGGAGCAGCCCAUCUACAGCACACGGGCCCACGUCUUCCAGAUUGACCCCAACACCAAGAAGAACUGGUUGCCCACCAGCAAGCAUGCUGUCACCGUCUCCUACUUCUAUGACAACACACGCAACGUCUACCGCAUCAUCAGCCUGGAUGGCACCAAGGCAAUAAUCAACAGCACCAUCAGUCCCAACAUGACGUUCACAAAGACCUCACAGAAGUUUGGCCAGUGGGCGGACAGUAGAGCUAACACUGUCUAUGGACUAGGAUUCUCCACUGAACAUCAUCUAUCCAAGUUUGCAGAGAAGUUUGCAGAGUAUAAAGAAGCAGCGCGGCUCGCUAAAGAGAAAAGUCAAGACAAGAUGGACAUGGCCACAUCUCCUUCUCAGGAGUCUCCAGCAGGUGAGCUUGCAUCACCUUUGACCCCGGUGACUCCGCCUAUGGAAACCAUCAACGGCACAGAUGAAAUCUGUGACUCGACUCCCAACUCGGACACCCGUCCAGAGCCAUCACAGAACGCGCUAGCCUUUGCACACAGCCCUGCCAUGACAAAACACUGGGAGGCUGAGCUUGAGGCACUAAAAGGGAACAAUGCCAAGCUAACGGCAGCUCUGCUGGAGUCCACAGCCAACGUCAAACAGUGGAAACAACAACUGGCUGCCUACCAGGAGGAGGCCGAGAGACUACACAAACGGGUGACGGAGCUUGAGUGCCAGAGCAACCAAACCCCAGUGAUCAAAUCCCAGAAGACUGAACUCAACCAAACCAUAGAGGAACUGGAAACUACGCUAAGGGAUAGAGAAGAGGAAAUGGAAAAGCUGAAAGAAGAAUUGGAAAACAUGAAUGACCUGAUGGAGCAGAAAGACACCCUUACCCAGAAACUUGAGGAGACGGAGCUGCGCAGUCGGGUGCUGGAGGAGCAGCUGGCAGGGGCCGAGCAGCGGCUGGAGGAGAACCAGGAGGAGCAGGAGAAUUUUAGGAAGAGCCUGCGGACACUGCUGGAGCUGCUGGACGGCAAGAUCUUUGAGCUGACAGAGCUCAGAGACAGCCUGGCCCGACUCAUAGAGGAGGCCAGCUAGAGACGGAGCUGCCUAACUUCACAGACAGAGCCAUAUAAUAAUUUAUUCCCCCACGUCACCCACAUUACCCACCA